CAUCCACACGCCAACUGCCCCACUCUCGCCGGAGUCUCCACUUGGGCACGAGCCGAGGGGGCUCGUGUUCCAGAUCCCCGCGUUCCAUUGCACCUGCCUUCCACGUUACCUCUGGGGAUCUGUGGGAGGAGCCGAGUGGGUGGAAAAUGUUGCUUCGCUUUGCAAAAGGAAGAAAACUUUGCCACCCAGCCGGAGACCUCUGCCACGCGUAACCAGGAGAGAGACCAGCACCGGGACAGCCUGUGGCUUUGAUUUGGCAUCUGAUGAGCCGGUAGGAGGAAGGAGAAACGAGCUCGGCGCUCACGCCGACCGCCAUCCCUCCCGCGGGGCGGGCGGCGGCCCGAGGUACCUGCUCCACCCUCCCUCCCCGCUCAGGUCCCCACGCGGCGUCUCCGGGGGAAGGACCGUGGUGACGAGCUCGCCGCCCCGGGCGGAGGGCAGGGGCCGGGCGAGGAAGCAGGACCGUAUUCCGGGAACGAGCCGCCCGGAAUCAACUUCUGGUUAAAGUUAUGGGAAGCGCGGCCAUGGACACCAAGAAGAAGAAGGACGUUUCCAGCCCGGGCAAGAAAAACCCCAGCCAGAAGAGGCGGUCGCUGCGAGUGCACAUUCCGGACCUGAGCGCCUUCGCCAUGCCACUCCUGGAUGGAGACCUGGAGAGCUCAGAAAAGCUCUCUUCUCGCAAGGCGGACAGCCCCUUCGGCUCGGUCAGCCCCUCCAAGGGCCUCUUCUCCAGGGGCGCCCAGCAGCACCGGCCCUCCAGCCCCGUGUCGGCUCCUGUGCGGCCCAAGACCAGCCCCGGCUCCCCCAAGACCGUGUUCCCGUUCUCCUACCAGGAGUCGCCGCCGCUCCCGCGCCGCAUGAGCUUCAGCGGCAUCUUCCGCUCCUCGUCCAAGGAGUCUUCCCCCUCCAGCUCGUCUACCUCGCCGGGGGGCAUCCGGUUCUUCUCCCGCUCCAGAAAAACCUCCGGCCUCUCGUCCUCGCCCUCGACGCCCACCCAAGUGACCAAGCAGCACUCGUUCCCGCUCGAGUCCUACAAGCAGGAGCCCGAGCGCCUGGAGAACCGCAUCUAUGCCUCCUGCUCCCCUACGGACUCGGGCCAGCGCUUCUGCCCGUCCUCCUUCCAGAGCGCAGCCCGGCCUCCCGCGGCCUCGCCCACGCACCACGCUCCCUCCAGAACCGCGGCGCUGGCGGCGGCCCCCCGACCCGCGGAAGCCGGCAUGCUGGAGAAAUUCGAGUUGGAAGAAGAAGCAGAAGACUCAGAAAGCGGCGUUUACAUGCGGUUCAUGAGGUCACACAAGUGUUACGACAUCGUUCCCACCAGUUCAAAGCUCGUGGUCUUCGACACCACGUUGCAGGUUAAAAAGGCCUUCUUCGCCUUAGUAGCCAAUGGCGUUCGAGCGGCGCCGCUGUGGGAGAGUAAAAAGCAAAGUUUUGUAGGAAUGCUAACGAUUACAGAUUUCAUAAAUAUACUACAUAGAUACUAUAAAUCACCCAUGGUACAGAUUUAUGAAUUAGAGGAACACAAGAUUGAAACGUGGAGGGAGCUCUAUUUACAAGAAACAUUUAAGCCUUUAGUGAAUAUAUCUCCAGAUGCAAGCCUCUUCGACGCCGUAUGCUCACUGAUCAAAAAUAUCCACAGACUGCCCGUUAUUGACCCCAUCAGUGGGAAUGCACUUUAUAUCCUCACCCACAAAAGAAUCCUCAAGUUCCUCCAGCUCUUUAUGUCCGACAUGCCAAAGCCGGCCUUCAUGAAGCAGAACCUGGACGCGCUGGGCAUCGGGACCUACCACAACAUCGCCUUCAUCCACCCGGACACGCCCAUCAUCAAGGCCCUGAGCGUGUUCGUGGAGCGACGGGUGUCCGCCCUGCCCGUCGUGGACGAGUCAGGAAAAGUUGUGGAUAUUUAUUCCAAAUUUGAUGUAAUUAACCUUGCUGCUGAGAAAACGUACAACAACCUAGACAUCACGGUGACCCAGGCGCUUCAGCACCGGUCCCAGUAUUUCGAGGGCGUUGUCAAGUGCAAUAAGCUGGAGAUCCUGGAGACCAUCGUGGACAGAAUAGUGCGAGCCGAGGUCCAUCGGCUGGUGGUGGUGAACGAAGCCGACAGCAUCGUGGGCAUCAUUUCCCUGUCGGACAUCCUGCAGGCGCUGAUCCUCACGCCGCCAGGUGCCAAACAGAAGGAGCCGGACGCUGAAUGACCGCGGGACGGGAGCGCCCUUACCGGACUUGAGCGAAGGCUCUGGGUCACGCUUUGCCUCACCCACACUGACCACCACAGGAGAGAGCAAGAGGGCCGAGGACGUGUGUCAGGGCUUAGCGAUGCGUGUUCUUUCCAGUGAUGUUGCAACUAAGCGUU